AUGGCUUCAAUGGAGCUCGCACUUGCAGCAUUACGUUCAGCGGAUCCUAGAGAAAAGCCUAAUAUUAGUUUGGUUGCAAGAACAUACGGCGUUAGCCAAUCGGGCCUUUAUAAACGUUUUCACGGCGUUACAGGCUCAAAAGAAGAGCAAUACGACAAGCAACGAAUACUCACCACCACGCAAUCAAGAGCGCUUAUAAAAUGGAUAAAUCAACUCACCGAGCGAGGCCUGCCCCCUACAAAUUCAAUGUUAGCGAACUUUGCAAGAGAAAUAUCUGGUAAAGAGCCUGGGAAAAACUGGGCUUCACGCUGGCUCAAGGCUCAUUCGGAUAAGGUGAUUUCUCGCUAUUCAACGGGCCUUGAUUCGGAUAGAAAAAAGGCAGAUUCGGCAUAUAAAUAUGCUUUAUAUUUUGAGCUUAUUGGACGGAAAAUACAGCAAUAUAACCUCGGCCCAGAGCAAAUCUAUAAUAUGGAUGAGAAGGGCUUCAUGCUUGGAGUAAGCACAAAACGGAAAAGAAUCUUUACUCGGCGCAAAUAUGAGCAAGGGGGCUAUAAGCAGCAUCUUCAGGAUGGAAAUCGAGAAUGGAUUACAACAAUUGGUUGUAUCUGUGCCAAUGGAACUGCUUUAGCGCCUACAUUCAGAACGACUGGUCUAUAUCCCUUUGAUCCGGAGAUUGUUAUCAACAAAUUCAACAAGAAAAUCACCAGCCGGCCAUCCUCAAGCGAAUCCGGAGCUUCAAUUAUUCCUCCAGAAGAUUGGAGACGGCUUGAGAAGCUUGUUAAAACUGUUGUUAACAAUAUUUAUGAUGAAAAGGCUGUACAGCUUCGAGAAACGGUGUCACAUCUUUCUACUCAGCUUAUCUUGCUUCAAAAUGAGAAUCAAGGCCUGAAAAGAGCUCUCAUAAAUGCAAAGAAGCCUAAAAACAAGAAACAGCCUUUAUUACUAGGUUUACCAUCAGAACAAGAUGGUGGAGCGCUUUUUAUGAGCCCUACUAAGGUUCAGCAAGCUCGUGAUAUUAUUUCUCAAAAAAAUGACGAAGCCGCGCAGAAGCAGGUUCAUAAAGAUGAUAAAAAGCUUCAACAACAGCUUAAAAAGCAAGCUAGAGAGGCUGAAAAGGUUAAAAGAGCUCAAAUCCGACAAGAAAAACGCGAGCAGCGUGAGCAAGAGGCUGCGGAAAAGCAACGGCUUAAGGACGAGCAAGAAUUGGCUAAGCUAGCUGAUUUACAGCUUCAAAAUGAUGUUAUAUCAACUCCAAAGGCUUCAAAAAGGCCUACAAAGCAAAUUUCUAGGCAAGCAAAGCCAAGAGUGCAACCUGAGGCUCAUGUGGAGGAUAAUGAGGUGGUUGUUACUACAAACCGUAGGGGCCGCGCGAUACGGCCCCCUGCACGUUUUCGCGAUUAA